GCUCAGUCAUGUCCUAGUUUGCAUUCCGCCGCAACGUCUGUUCCAGUGUAUUUCACACUAGGCUCUACUGAUUCUUUUUCCUACUACCUCGCUGCCUGUAGCGCGAAGACGUCGCCACAGGUCGGUCGCUUUGCGGCAUCAGGUAAAAGUCGUGAUAAAGUCUGUGAGCAUGAAAACAAAAACACAAUCGUGUCAGAAAAGCUAUCGGUUGCUGCGCGAGUAAAAAUGUGGGGUCGUAGCACAGGAGGUGUGCAUGGGUCGCGUACGUGAUCCGUAGCCAUAUUUUCUCGGCUCUCUUUAUUCGAAUUCGGUCGAAUGAUUCUUGCUAAAGGUAGGCACAAGAUCAAGUAGAAACACAAAAGAGGAUACUCUAGCUUCCGUCGGAGCGAAGAUUUUCUGUGUGAGGGAUCGAACUUGAGAAGAAACAUUUGAGCUUGAUUUCCCGCAAUCGCAGUGCAGAUCCACUUAGACAAAAAUCAUCACCAAAUAGGGAACAAAAGGAGAAGUCGUGGUGUAAGAUUUUUUUCGAUUGAAUCAGAUUCAGACCAAAUUCAACAAAUGCCCCGUCAAAUUACGCUCCUGGUGGGGCCGCCGGGGUGCGGCAAAACGACCGUUGCCCCCCUGUUAGCGGUAUCAACUGUAAAAGUGUCUGGGUCUGGAAGAAUUCAUGUUUGCAGAAUAUAUUAACUAGCAAUAUGACACAUAUUAAUCAAUAUGACAUUUGGCAACGACAACGCUCCGAAACCCAAAAAAAGUAGCAAUCUCAUAUUGUUAUACUGUCAUAUUGUCAUAUAGCAUAUUGCUCAUGAGGGCCUCGCGCAUGAAAAUUGGGGCCGUCCGAGCUGCUUGCGGACUAUACGGCCACUAGGACCGUGCGCGCCGUUGUGCAGUUGUUCGUGCAGAUACCGCGCAGAUACCCACUAGGCGCCUCCUAGGCUUCUCUCCCGAGCAUGGUGGCAACGCCCUACAGCGUUGGGCGCACUCCUCGCGCGGUAUUGCUGGCACAGGCACUGUCUCUGCCGGUAGCGGCCCGACUGCGAAGUCAUGCACUAGGCUGUCGCUGGCACAGCAUCAUCGCACCUUGCUUUUUCGGGAACUAUUCCCGCGCCCGACCACCUGGCUAAGUAGCUUUGUGCUAAUGAUAGUCUUGCUGUUUAUGAGGGUAGCGCAUCUCGUAAUCACAGCAAAACUAUGCCAAGCCACACUGAUUUUUGAGCAGUUUCCGUGUGUUGGUCUCCUAGGAGGCCCGCGGCGACGAAUGGGCAGCCGGGGCGAAGACUUUUCUUCGUAAAGCAGCAACAGGGUGACCGACGGUGAGGCUAUCGACCGCCCGGGGCGUUUUCGCCAACGAAUUAGGCGGGGAGCGAAGAUGUCCUGCCACGGCAUGCGACAAACGCUGCGCGUCAGGUCAUCUCCCGGUCCCCGAAGCCGAUGACUCCGGUCAUAUUGCUCAAAAAUCCGCGGUCAUAUUGACAUAUUGUAAUAUUGUCAUAUGUCAUAUUGUGAAAAGUGCCCGAAUUUUGCUAGUUAAUAUAUUCUGUGUUUGUCAUGCUUGUCUGGCAUGACUCUUAGUCAUGCACGUUACCCAAGAGCUCCGUUUUUCUGUGAUGCAGAAGCGCAGUUUGUCAUGCAGAAUAGGCAACACCUAGGAGCUCAGAAACUUGUCAUGCUGAGCCAGCAUUUGUAGUCUCAUCAUGAGACGCUACCCAGCAUCACAAGUUUCCAGACCCAGACAUUUUUGCAUUUGAUAAGCGGAAAUGUUUGACCGACCACUGCUGGAGUUGGAGAAGCUGAUCCAGAAGGAAAUCGCCACGGGGUCAGAAUCCGGGCAGUACCUGAAGCUCUGCAAGCUGCAAAACCGAACACCAGACGACGUGACGCUCAUGAACCUGUUCCGAAACGAAAUCUUAAACAACUGUCCCCUCGGCUGCUUCCUCUGUGACUACCCAGUCACGCUGUCACAAGCGCAGGCGCUGGAUAGGUACAGAUGAAAUAGUGUUUUAGGAUUUUGCUUUAGUAAGUUGUCCUCCUGCAUAGAACAUUGGGGAAAGCGUAAGUAUUGCUGCGCAGCGCGAUUGAUGCGCAUCUGAUGUUUAUGCCAGUCGCAGUCUUGGACCUCGUCUGUCAUGCGCCAAUCCCAAUCCACAUUAUGUGAAAACGAAAACGCUUUGUUCCACCACCACCUCCACGCAGGUUUUUGAUCGGUUCCGGCGACAGGCAAUCGCUGAAGGUGAUCAACCUGACCGCAACGGACGAGGUGUGCGAAGCGAGACUACGGGAAAGAUGGGUGCACUUGCCAAGUGGGAGGGUUUACAACAAGGUCAGUUUCCCGCCCAGCAGUAUGGCGUCCGAAGAACCGGCGAUGCUGGACGAUGUCAGUGGGGAGCCCUUGAUCCAGAUGGAAAAGGACGACAAACUAGUGAUCCCGAAAGAGCUAUCCUCUGCAAAAGUAUCGUACUCGUACUAAUGGCUUUUAUGCAUGACAAAUUUUUUUCUUAAGUGAAAUCCGCAUUACGAAUUUCAUUUGUAAUGCUAAGUCAAUUUGUAUGGCAAUUUCUGCUAGUAGUAGUACGAUGCUUUUGCAAUCCAUAAGAGCUCUUCAAGUACCAUUUGGGCUGCGAGCCACAGUUGAACCACUUCGGCAGAUACGAAAAAGUCGACUGCCCAGCGGAAAAAUCCGUCAAGGACAUCGUAUACAUAGAGAAAUUGGGAUUAUUUUUGUGUGAUUUGCGUUGCAUGUUGCAGCGUCAGGAACAAAUAGGAGGAUGUUUUGUGCACAUGAUGCAAAAUCUUCAACGAAGUUUUUGAACUUUAUCUUCUUUACCCCUACUCAGGUAACCGAGUGCGCCUUCAUCCUGGUAAACUCCACCUUCAUAUCGAUUGCACCUAUGGCUGCUGCGUCUGGAAAGUUGUAAUGCUAGAAGUGAACGAGAACGAUAGAAGCACUGCAAUACGCAGCCAAGCGUGACAAAUUUUUGGUCAGCUUUGUGUUGCGUAUUAAUUUCGUUUGGCAAGCUGCAUUGUUGCAUGACAGGCAAGCGGGCCUUUUCGUGCGCAUGCAUCACAGUGGCUCGAGCUCGAGGCAUGUCCGACAUGCAUGACAAAUCUAGCAAGCUUCCAGACCCAGACUACAUAUUUGCAUUUGAUACUUCGCAAGACAGCUGACCUUCGCCGAGCGAAACGCCGAAGCCAUGGGCAACGCGCCGCUGCCGAUAGUAUCGGACGCACCGGUAUCAAAUGUAAAAAUGUCUGGGUCUGGAAGAAUGCGCGAUUUGUCAUGCAGCUUUUCCAUGACCCAUGAGUUCUGGAAUGCAGGACCUAGCAUGACAGAUUCUGUGCGAUCUCUCUCAUGCCUAUCCUGCAUGAGAAACUCCCUCCCGACUUGGUCAAAACUGGACGACUUUUGGUAAUCAUGCAACACAGAUUUUUGCAUGCUUCAGAUUUAGCAUGACAAGUUGCAUUCUUCCAGACCCAGACAUUUUUACAUUUGAUAACCGGACGCAGCGACCCGCGUGUACGAUCGGGGCGACAGGCUGGAGAGGAAAGCGCCGGUGCUCGACGCUUUCACCAAGAACGGGGGGAAGUUUACCCUGACGAAGUGGCACGAAACCGUGUCGAAUUAAGUGACGUAGUGGGGUGUGAGGAGGUGGUGUCAGAGGUAGGGUAGAAAGAGGAGGUAGAGGAGAAAUAAACGGGUACUAUAGCAAGUCCAAGUUCCUAUUUUCGUGAAUACAGUUACAGUUUAAGAUUACGAAUACGAUUCUUUUCGACGAUUACAGUUUAAGAUUACAGCACGAUAUCUUCUUACGCGGACUUUCAGUUACAGUUGAAACCUAGAAUAGCAGGAGAGCAGAGGUACUACUGGUGACCUCGUCAGAGAAUAUAGAGCAAUAGCUUGUGUCGAAACGCGGAGCAAUGAUUUUUGGUUCAAAACACCGAUGUGCGAGAUAGUAUCGAAACCCAACUUGACGCUACUUGAGUACUGGGAAAGAACAAAUGUGACAAUGGUACUAUGGAUCAAUGUAAAUAAGUAGAUCAAUGGCCGAAGAUCAUCCAAUAGACCCUAUUAACAACUACAGCGCCG